CGGAACGAUUACAUACUGCCAUGGCAGAGGACAACGAUGUGUUGCUGUCGGACCAGUCUCCAUUCCCGCCGCUGCAAUUGACAUUCGAGGAGCAGCAGCACUGCCACGAUCUCAGUCUACAAUUGCUAGAGUGCACGCUACACAGCUACGACGAGCGGCUGGCAGGUAUAACGCCUCGUCAUCAUGCGAACCUCGACAGCGCACGCUGGAAGCUGCAGAAGACGCAGGAGAAUGCGUCGUUGUACUCUGAGCGUAUUCGCCAUGUUCGAGCAGAUCUGCAUCUUCCCGAGGACAGUUGGAAUGACCCAACAGUACUCCUGAUGGUCGGGAAUAUCCCUGGACCCCUGGACGAAGUCAUGUUCGGCAUGUCCAUUCCUAGUUUUGAAGCUCUGAAAGUUCGAGUAUCGACACUUGGAAAUCAAGAAAUCGGCGGCGCAAUGCUCGCGAGACUCGUAGGCCCGACCGACGAGAAACCUUUUCAAAAUUUGUCCAUAUUCUACAUGGUGAGUCAAUUACCGUGGUUGGUGAGUAAAGUGGUAAAACCCCGAGACUUCGUGCUGCUGUCGGCAAGUGGAGUGAUUACUACAGCGGAUGGUGAACGUAUUGGAUACGAUUUAUUGCAACCGGCACCGUUGUUACAGUGUCCGCCGCUGCCAAAGCCAAUGAUUCGCGGGAAGUUUAUGUUUGGGGCUUUGUAUCGGCAACAAGAAGACGGGAGUGUGGACGUGUAUAUCCAACAAUACGUGGAGUCAAUGGGGAACCUCAUGGAGUCCUUCAUUAUUAGCUCGACAUGGCAAUCAUUGCUGGGAUUUUUUAGCUCGCCUUUACUAGCUGAACACAAGAAACUUCAGUGGUGUGUUGCCAACAUGAAAAGUGCGCGACGACGAGGAAUUGCGAAUGAGCUGUCAAGAAUCUCAAUGAAUUGUUCAAUGUGCUCGGUGGUGUUUGGGCGGGCAGUUCGUAGUCGCAGCAAUGACCAGAAAAACUGCGUACUUUGCUUAGCGUCUGUCUGCUCGAAUUGCCGUGAAGAACGAGUUUUCAAGGAGUUGGCUCCACAUUCCAAAAAGAAAAAGCUUUUGAUCAAGAAACGACAAGUCUUCGUGUGUCGACCGUGUCUGGAAUUCGUACAAAGACACAAAGCGGCGGAUAUCGCGAGAUCUUAUAUCCAGGAACAAUUAACGCCAGCAGCUUCAGAUUCUAGUGGUGCAGGCACGUGGGGUCUGCUUUACAGUGAUUCCAUGCCUACUUGGUCGCCAACUAGAUCGCUUUCGAUGUCUAGCGAGUCAUUUGAAUGUUUUGGGUGGGACAGAGACCCUUAGCUGGAGGCGUGAACUGAAUAAUGUGAGACAGCAUAACUUUGGUCCACAUUUGUGUCGUUUGAAUGCUGUAGCACUGGAAAUAAUCCAUUUCGUGGCAUGUACAGUGCUUAGAUGCAUACUACAGUAGUGUACGAGCCAAGACAUUUAGUCUCUAGCGAAGCACCUUAGAUAAGAAACUUCAGCGCUGGGCUUGUGAGGACGGACCCACUUGCAGAUUCCAGACUGAAAUUAGCCGAGCGGAAGCCGUGAGGGAUGCUCACUCGCUGGUAGGCUUCAUACGUUUCGUGAAUGAUCGUGUUCGAGUCGUUCUUGUUACUAUACAUGCUGAACGGGAGUCUGGUCAUCAGACUGGGGCGUUCAGUACUGUUCACUCAACCCGACCGAGUUCUCAUUCGUCAAGUAGCAGAAGAAAAUGAGUUAUAGAUAAUUAGGAGCCUAUCUAUCUUACAAGAGUCGACAUGUAACGGAGCGCUAAAAGUAUCCGUGAAUGACAAUCGAGUGUUGACCAAAUGAGGUAUUCAUAGUGGUUUCGCUGAUUCGCGCCAAGUUUGGUGGUGCUUUCGACGUGCGCUGAGAGCUUUGGUGUAGUAUGGGGAGGGUCCGCAGCUUGGACAGCAGCUUGGUGGUCAGUGGGCCGCAGCUGAGUGAACGUGGCGUAAUUUCGAUCUCGACGCGGCGACUACUUUUCCUG